GCAUGGUCACUCAAGUAUUCCCACAGAUGUCGGCGUCACAGCAACAACAAAGUUUCGACUGAGAAGACGAUAGUAAGUUCAUGUCCAGCAGCAGCGCUCGAAGACGCUUCUCUGAGUAAAAACAUCGCCAUGAAUGUACUUAAAUCAGCCAGAAAGGCGUUUAUUCGCAGCCCCGGUCUUAGCAAGGAGUCCCGGAGCUCAAGCAAACACCAAAAGCUUCCUGAGAACUGGACCGAUACCAGGGAGACUCUUCUGGAGGGAAUGACCUUUAACCUCCGGCAUCUGGGAAUGACUCUGGUGGACCUGCCCAAAGGCGAGGAGCUCUCAGCAGCUGCUGUCAAGAGGAUCGUUGCUACGGCCAAAGCUGGAGGGAAGAAAGUGCCUAAAGUGGCCCUGAAAGUGUCUCCUCAGGGAAUCAUCUUGUGUGACAGUGUGUCUAAUCAGAUCAUCGAGAACAUUUCCAUAUACAGGAUAUCAUACUGUACGGCUGACAAGACGCACGACAAAGUGUUUGCUUUCAUCGCACAAAACCAACAGAAUGAGACGCUGGAGUGUCACGCGUUCCUCUGUAGCAAGAGAAAAGUGGCUAAGGCAGUGACGCUAACAGUAGCUCAGGCCUUCAGAGUGGCCUUUGAAUUCUGGGAAGUUUCAAAAGAAGAGAGGGAACACCGUGUGAAAUGGGAUUCAACAGGAGAGAUGUCCGACAGCUCUCACUCGGAGAGAUCAACUGGCCUGAAUGAAACACAUUCAGCGGUAGCUACUGGGAACCUGUUGGACAUUGAUGAUUACACAAGUGCUGUUGUGGAAAAUGUUGACAACCACAUCGAAGCUAACAAUAAUAACCACAACACACGAUGGGAGAUGGAUGGUGCUCUGGAAGAGGCUUUUUCAAGCUGCAGUUUGGAUAGUUAUGAAUACUCUUCAGGUAAACCUUUGCAGGUCCUGCACCAAUCCAGCCCAGACUCACUUUACCCAAACUUUUGUUGUGUUUAGUGUUCGUCAAGUCUACAUGUAUAUAACCUCCUUCCCAUCCGGUGUUGUCUAGCGCGGUGAUGCAUUUUUAUGUGAAACUUUGAACAGUUGUAGUUCUACAAUCAUAUUUGUGUUAGUCCCUGCACGUUUUGUCAAUUUAGUUUUGUCAAUAUAGUUUUUAGCUAGUUUAAGCACUUGUAACGUAUUCAUGAUCAUAACUUUAUGAUUUUUUUAUAUAAUAACAUUCAUUUUGCAUGACUUCUUAUCUUACAAAAAUACACCUAAUAACCAUAAACAUGACUUUUUAUGAAUUACGAAUGUGACUCUUCAUCCUAUGGGAAAUCAUGGUGAACAUACAUUUUCCCAUGGUAAGGUUGACAUUUGCAUGGAAUCGCCCCAUAUCUUAAUGGAUAUUAAAAAUUCAGUUUUUCAGUUUACGUACUUCUGUGUUCCUCCUGUAUAGACUCGCUGAGUCUCGUACUAACCCCCAGGUCCUGGACAUUGGGGUGAUGUCACAAGAUUGGGGCUCUGAUGCCGACUACGACAAGACCAAUGGAAAUGCACAGAAUCCUGAUGAGCUCUUUGAGCACAGAUGGGUUUGUGGG